AUGGUUUCUAAUCUCGGACGAACGUAUCGAGUCAUCUAACAAAGUCAAACUAUCCCAACGUUACACUCUCCUUAGUUUCAGUACAUCGUGCGCUUCGGUUGUGCGAACAGCGGAACGGUUGUGUAGUAAGUGACAACGCUCACGGAACAUUCUUACUGUGAUAUCGGUAUAUUACGCCACACGGGAAUUCUGGAACAAUUAACUAUUGUUCUCUCGAGAAAUUGUGUUAUUCGGCAUUGUUCGAUCCCCAGAAAGUUUCUUCUAGCGAGAUAAAAAGACGGGCAACGUGCGAUGAAUCGCGAAUGGAACCAGUUGGCCGUGCACAUGGCACCACCGAGGGAGCUGCUCACUGAACUCCGGUUACCGGUAAAAACAUUAACGAGUCCUGGCCCGACUAAUUGCUCGGAGCGAGUUCUCCGGGCCCUUCAGAAUCAAGUCCUCGGCCAUCUCCAUCCCGAAAUUUAUCAGUUGAAAGACGAGAUUAAGGCGGGCCUGCAAUACCUUUUCCAAACGAAGAACAGACUCACUUUGGUGAUAAGUGCGUCGGGUCAUGGCGCGUUGGAGGCGUGUUUGGGAAACUUACUCGAACCUGGUGAUAAGAUUCUAAUUGUGAAAUGCGGAAUCUGGGGCGAACGUGCCAUUGAUAUGGCUCAAAGGAUCGGCGUCUCGGUUGCGUUGAUCGAAACCGACCACGACAAAGCGGUUACGUUGGAACAAUUGGAAUCUGCCUUGAAGCUGCAUAGACCGCAAGCCGUUUUUAUGGUGCACGCGGAAUCCUCCACUGGUUUGAAGCAGCCGUUGGAAGGUUUUGGAGACCUCGUUCACAAAUACGAUGCUCUCCUGAUUGUGGACGUGGUUGCGUCACUGGGCGGCGAACCGUUCUUUAUGGAUUCCUGGGGCGUGGAUGCAGCGUACACCGCCAGUCAGAAGGUCCUCGGUGCCCCCGCAGGACUCUCCCCCAUUUCGCUCAGUCCACGAGCAGAAGAGAAGCUGUUCCGGAGGAAGACAAAGCCGUUUUCUUUCUAUUGGGACCUGACCAUUCUCGGUGUGUACUGGAAAUGCUUCGGGAACAAGGAUGGAGUGUACCAUCACACGGCAAGCGCUACGCUUCUGUACGGUUUACGUGAGGCCCUAGCAGAAAUCGCUGAAGAAGGUCUGCCGAACACUUGGGCCAGACACGCGGCCGCAGCUGUUAGGUUAAGGAAGGGUCUUGAGUUACGGGGCCUUCAAUGUUACGUGAAAAAUCCACGGUAUCAAUUAUCCACCGUGAUCUCUAUAGAGCUGCCACCUGGCGUCAGCGACGAGAUCAUUGUGCAACGAGCCAUGCAAAGUUACAAAGUUGAAAUCAGCAAAGGCUUGGGACCAACUGUAGGGAAGAUCUUGCGAAUUGGUUUGUUAGGAAUCAACGCAAGACCCGAAAAAGUGGAUUUAGUUUUACGUGCCCUCGACGAGGGACUGAAACAUGUUACACCAUCGAAAAUAUAGAAAUGGCAUCUGUAUGGUGUCGUUGCCAGUGAAGAAUCGUGGGUUAGUCUUUCUUGUUUUUGUUAGGGGAUAAUGAAUUUGUAGUACCUCGCAACUGGAGUGUAUUAAAGAGUCGACGUACUGGAAAAUUGAAAUACAUGGGGAUACUUUUAUUGUCAAUUUAUUUUUUAAGGUUAUAACGGUAACCAUAACUUUCUCGUAUUGUUAAACGUUAUCAAUGUACGAAGUGACAGCUAUAGUUACAAAAUCUCGAGAAAUACUGGUGUUACUUGUCAAUAUUCUCUUGUUAUUGUUAUACAUCUAUUUAUUUCGUGUAUACACUUGGAACUAAAACUACAUUCUCCAACGUCGCACGGGUUGCGGUGCAGCGGGCGCUUAUCGAACUGCAUUAACGCACAGUGAAAUAAAACAGCUUCACUAUAAUUCAGUGAAAUAAUAAUUCUUAUAAGAGGGAAAUCCUUACCGCAGGAAAUGAAAUUUACGCUCAAUCAUGUUCUUUAAUGAACCUAUAAACUCUUGAAAAUAAAUAGAUAAUUAUCCACUAAAUAUUUUUCAUUUUAUAAUCUACCCAGUGGAUCUCGCUGUUUAUCCAGACAAUAAUUGAGUAUGGCGUGGCCGGAAAAACUCAUAAAACACAAUAAGGCCAAAUCAUGUGUAUCUGUUUAUUAAUGGAAAUACUGAAAUCGGCAUACAAUUAUCUCUAAUAUAAUUAUCUGUUUACGUUCAAUUAUACGAUUUUAUUACAUUAAUUAGCAAUAUCAACAAUUAAUUAUUUUCUCUCUCUCCCUUUUGUUCCUUCAUUCUUACAGUCCUUUUUAUUUUUUUUUCUCAAUCUCUCCCUCUCUCUCAUUCUGUCUCUCUUUCUCUCUCUGUCUCUCUCACUCACUCCUCCUCUCCCCUUUCCCUUACUUCCUCUCCCUUUUGAUCCUGCACUUUUUCUCAAUCUCUCCGUUUCUGUCUUCACAAGCAUGCAUACAUAUUUCACUGUACGUGUAAUGCAGUUACAGCAAGCUGAUCAAAAUUAACGACGGUACUAGCGAAUUAAUAACGAUUAAUCAUGAUUCAAUUGACAAUCGUUUUGGCACGGUACGGAACGGUCUGGGUCUCCGUUCGAAUCCGUUCCCCUCGGAUCUAUAAAACAAAAAGAUUGAUCCACCAAGUAUCUCGUGACGCGUGGAUACAGAGAGAAAAUGAAAAUAAAAACCGCGCGCGAUGCGAGUCGGUCACCGCGUAGAGAAGAGAAUACAAUUUUUUGGUCUCCGUAACAGUGCUUCGCACUCGCGAGUACAGGGCGUCUCGGAACGAGUAGCAAAAUAAAUCUGUCUAUUAAUCUCUACCUUUACAAGUAACUCGACGAUUGUCGCGCGAUCAUCUCUCGGAUCUCUUGCUUUCGCUGAACAAAACACCCUGCCUGUCGAAACACCCUGUACAAAUGCAGAUUAGAUCAAUCGUGGCAAGUUGAAUACUGGUCUCGUCGACGUUCGCGCAGAAGUCGCGUCGAUGAUUCGAAUUUCUUAUGGGACUAUCCAUGCUUCGCCGACGCGUAAUCGAUUGCAGACGAAUCGACGAUAAAUUUACACGCAAUUUACAAUCGACAUCGAAUAUCCGUUCGCACGAGAUACAUUUGUUCGUUCGAUUUUGAAAUGAGCAUUUCCGUUUGUCCUUUCCUUUUUAGCUAGGGAAAUAGUAUUCUCGAGUUUCGGUGAAUAAAUCGACUAAAGAAGCGACAGUUCGAAUUAUUCCAUUGAAAUCUGUGCUUAUCUCCGAUACGAACGUGCUCUACAAUUAAUUCGCAAACCCGAACAAGAUUACCAAGGCACGAUCGAUCAGUACGGUAACGUUGCCGCAAACGCGACCGCCAUUUUGUCCACGACCCGGACAACCUCCGGUCCCACCGUCCGGCGAAUCACAUUCGACAAUCGUUAUUUCAAUACUUGCACCGUUUCGAGUGGCGCGCGAGCACGCGCGCGUGAAUCAGCGC